GAGUGGGUAUCGAUCUUGAGUGAAAUAUGCAUUAUCAAUCCACCAUAAUAAUAAAACAUGCAGUGGAAAUAUUAAAAAUAGUGUUACUUGAAAUUACGUGCCAAAUAGACUUUGCGUGCUAUUUUUUAUUGGACUUUGGUUUUUAACACACAAUCAGAGCACGUAAUAGAAUAAUUUUCUUUUCAAUUAAAAGUGAAAUUUCGAUCACAGUUUUGGUGAGAGAUCGCAAAUAUUUCUCUUGUUUAUUUUUCUUUUUGGCUUGAUGCUUCAAGAGACCUUUCACUUCCACAAAAAUUUUGCACAAGAGAACGCUUGAUUUGCGAUGUGAAUUAUUAUUUCUUUAUUCAAAUCAAAUUAAAUUGUUUGACGUUAUAUCAAUGGUGUUUGUUUAAUUCUCUAAAUUUUGUUGAGUGAUUUUCUAUAGUCAUUUCCGAUACUUCUGUCAGAUUUUCACAAAUGUGUUCUGUUUAUAAAAUGCGGUCAUUGAUCCGACUAUAUGAUUAAUCAUUAAUAUCGAACGACAAUCAAUUUUUGAACUUGGAAUCGGUGUGGUUUCUUAUGUGUUUGUUAGUCUUUGGUGGCAAAACUAUGUUUCUAUGAGGGAACUAAGCAAAUUAACGUAAACUAUAUGCACGGUAUUCAAAUCGCACGGAAUCGGGGUCGAUAGGUCUCGGCGAAGCAAGCUCGCGAACAUUCGUGUAAUUGCUAUUGUUGGUGUUGCUUGUUUUCAGCGUAAAUAUUAUCAGCAUAAAACCCAAAAUACACUUAUUCAUCGCAUAUAACGAAGACACGCACUGAGUAUACUGUUUCAUAAAAUCAUUGUUAAUGUGGUGAUUAGUGUGUGUAUGGAAAAGAAGUAAAACGGGCGCUGUGAACAAAAAAAUUUGAAUUAUUUUUCGCGUUAUCAUAGCUGUAAAUGAAUUUUAUUCGUAAACACAUAUUUCGCAGGCAUUUCAUUACGCGAGUUGGCCGCAGUGAAACAAGAACUAUGACUACAGAUAGCGAGGGCACAAAUAAAAAUGGUGCAAUAUCAUUCGAGUUAAUUAACGAUAAAACAUUGUUCCCUGAUCUACCGCCCGGGCCACUAGAUCGUUAUCGUAACAGUGCAAAGUUCGACUGGCGCAAAUUGGCCCUGACAUUAGAUGGAGAACGAAUCCUGCGGUUUCGUAAUUCAGUAUGGAGUUACCUGGAGGAUAAUCAUUUAUUUGCUCGUGGUUAUGAAGAACAAACGCUAGAUCAAAAUCGUGAAAUAACCGUCCGAAGAAUCAAUAAAGUCAUUGAAAAAGAAUUCAUUUCUUUGGCCGAUUAUAUUUUAGAUCCAGAGAUUACAUUCACAUUUAUGAUGUCACUGAUUGCAUAUGAUCCCAGCUGUACAAUAAAGGCCAGUUUAAGCACGAAAAUGGUUCCGGGUGUUCUGAGAACAAUGGGAACAGAUCGAUUGCUUCAAUAUGCCGAGGAUGCUGAAAAUGGAUUGAUUACAAGUUGUUUUGCUUUGACUGAAGUUUCACAUGGAUCAAAUGCAUUGGGAAUGAGAACAACGGCAACUUAUGAUGUUAAAACACGUCAAUUUAUUUUAAACACACCCGAUUUUGAGGCGGCUAAAUGCUGGAUUGGAAAUUUAGGCAAAACGGCUACACACGCAAUUGUGUAUGCUCAAUUGUACACACCUGAUGGUCAGCAUCAUGGUCUGAAUGGAUUUUGGGUACCUGUUCGUGAUGCAAAAACACUGGAACCAUAUGCAGGUGUAACUGUUGGAGAUUUAGGAGAGAAAAUCGGUUUAAAUGGUCUCGACAAUGGAUUUGUAAUGUUCAACAACUAUCGCAUUCCAAAAGAGUUCUUACUGGCCAGAACUGGAGAUAUAUCAGAUGAUGGUCACUAUGUGUCACCAAUCAAAAACAAUAAGAAGAGAAUCGGCGCCUCAUUUGGUGCUCUGUCCGGCGGUCGUGUCAAUAUCUGUGGAAUAUCGACCGUUUACCUGAUCAAAGCAAUAUCGAUCGCCGUGCGUUACUCAGCCAGCCGAACGCAAUUCAAAGACGACGAUGCAGUCGAUGAACUGCCAAUAUUGGAAUAUCAAAGUCAACAAUAUCGUCUGUUACCGCACCUCUCGACGGCCAUCGUUCAAAAAGUGUUCACCAUGUGGUUCACUAAUACGUUUACCGAAUUUUCGAAAAGUUUCUUUACUGGUGAAAUUGUACCGUAUGUUGGAAAUGAAAUACAUGCACUGUCGUCAGCAAUCAAACCGGUUUGUACGUGGGCUGUACGCGAUGCAAUUCAAGAUUGUCGUGAAGCGGCUGGGGGACAUGGCUACCUACGAGUUGCCGGUUUUGGUGACCUCAGAGACGACAACGAUCCCAAUCUAACAUAUGAAGGAGAAAAUAAUGUGCUGUUACAACAAGCAAGCAAUUGGCUGCUUUCAUGCCGAAAAAAUGGCUAUGCCCAUUUCGCUGAAGCAUCGCCAUUGAAAUCAGCACAAUUUUUGAGCACGUUCGAUAAGGUGAUUAAGCUGAAAUGCGGUUGGACCACUACACAAGAGGCACUUAAUUCCCAGAAUAUGUUGAUUGCAUUGGAUUGGCUCGUCGCAUGGCUGCUGGAAAAAACCUAUCAACACUCAUUAGAAUUGCAAAAAAGCGGAAAAAGCGCAUUUAACGUACGAAAUAACAUCCAGGUAUUCCACGCACAAACACUUUCAAUCGUUUAUGGACAGAGAGCGAUCUUCAGUGUAUUUUCGGACUUUGUGUCAAAAUUGGAAAACACACCGGAACGUGCUGUUCUCGAAAGAGUAACGUCAAUGUAUGGCGCUAAUUUAUUGUUACGACACAUAGGCCUGUUUUACGAGGGUGGAUUCAUCUCAUCCGCUCGACCUGUGGAAUUGCUGAAAACUGGAAUUAUCGAAUUGUUACCGCUGUUGAAAGAUGAUGCAAUACCGUUGGUCGAUGUGAUUGCUCCAAGUGAUUUUAUACUGAACUCUCCGCUUGGCAUGAGCGAUGGUCAAGUGUACAAGCAUUUACAAUCGGUUCUAUGGCAAACUCCCUCCACAUUUGAGCGUCCAAAGUGGUGGAAGCUAGUGACUCAUUGGAAAGAGAAAGAAAAUUCGAAAUUAUAAACCAACUAUCAAGGAUAUACAAGAAAUGGUGCUAUUUUUUGUCAUAAAGCGUGAAAUUAUAUAAAAUGGUUGUGUGGUUUUUUUUAUAUGUUUCAAUAUCAACUGGUGAUGUAGUCCGUAAGAAAAGAACUUUUUUAAACGUUUUUUUUUAAAUAUAUUUUUUAUUGUUCGGUAAAAUGGUACAAAAAUAAACGGUUUUAUUUCUAAACUUCCAAAAAAAA